CGCCGCGGAGUUCCCGCAGUUCGCCCGCUGCUGUGCAGCCGCGGUCGCCGCCUCGGCCCGGCACCCGCCCUCCCGCCCGCCCCGCCGGGAAGGAGACGGGACCAUUUCGGAUCUCAAGCAGACGGCCCCCUCCUAUCUAGUCGUGGCUUUUCCAAACCCUCCGAGGAGAGCGGGAUCUUUCGGUCCUUCCUGUAUUUCCGACCAUUACAGGAUCUAGAAAUGUCGACGACGCUUUUAUCUGCCUUCUACGACAUUGACUUCUUGUGCAAGACGGAGAAGUCCCUGACCAACCUCAGCAGCAUGCUGGACAAGAAGGCCGUGGGGACCCCGGUGACGCCCCCCAGCUCCAGCUUCGCGCCGGGCUUCCUGCGGCGGCACUCGACCAGCAACCUGCCGGCGCUGGCCGGCGGCUCCAAGUUCCCCAGCCCCACUGGCUCCAGCUCUUCCUCCACCUCCUCCUCCUCCUCCUCCUCCUCCACGUCCUCCUCCUCCUCCUCCUCGUUCGGCAGCCUGAAGGAGACGGGCUCCGGCGGAGGCGGCAGCAGCAGCCCCACGGCCCUGCUCAACAAGGAGAACAAGUUCCGGGACCGCUCCUUCAGCGAGAACGGCGAGCGCAGCCAGCACCUCAUGCAGCAGCUCCAGCAGCAGCAGCAGCAGCAGGCGGCGGCGGCCGGCAAGGGGGGCGGCUCCGGCGGCGGCGGGGCCCCCAUCAACUCGACGCGCUACAAGACGGAGCUGUGCCGCCCCUUCGAGGAGAGCGGCGCCUGCAAGUACGGCGAGAAGUGCCAGUUCGCCCACGGCUUCCACGAGCUGCGGAGCCUCACCCGCCACCCCAAGUACAAGACCGAGCUCUGCCGCACCUUCCACACCAUCGGCUUCUGCCCCUACGGCCCGCGCUGCCACUUCAUCCACAACGCCGACGAGCGCCGCCCGGCGCCCGGCGGGGGCACGGCCGCCGCCCCCCCAGCCGCGGCCGCCGCCGCGGGGCCGCACCACCACCCGCACCACCCGCCCCCGCACCCCGCCGGCAGCACCGGCGAUCUCCGCGCCUUCGCCCCCCGCGACCACCCGCUGGGCGGCGGCGGCGGCGGCUUCGGGCACCCGCGCGGCGGCGAGCGGCCCAAGCUGCACCACAGCCUGAGCUUCUCCGGCUUCUCCGCCCACCACCACCACCACCACCACCACCCGCACCCCCACGGCGCCGCCCCGCCGCCGCCGCCGCCGCCCGGCGGCCGCCUGGACGCCGCCCUGCUGGAGAGCCCGGGCGGGUCGCGCACGCCGCCGCCGCCCGCCUCCGCCUCCUACUGCGAGGAGCUGCUCUCGCCGCCCUGCGCCAACAACGCCUUCGCCUUCUCGGGGCAGGAGCUGGGCAGCCUCAUCGCCCCGCUCGCCCUCCACACCCAGAACUUCGCCGCCGCCGCCGCCGCGGCCGCCGCCGCCGCCGCCUACUACCGCUGCCAGCAGCAGCCGCCGCCGCCGCCCGGCGGGGGCUGCCCGCCGCCCCCCGCCUCACCGCCCUUCAGCUUCCAGCCCCUCCGCCGCCUCUCCGAGUCGCCCGUCUUCGACGCGCCGCCCAGCCCCCCGGACUCCCUCUCCGACCGGGAGAGCUACCUGAGCGGCUCCCUCAGCUCCGGCUCCCUCAGCGGCUCCGAGUCGCCCAGCCUGGACUCGGGCCGCCGCCUGCCCAUCUUCAGCCGCCUCUCCAUCUCCGACGACUAGGGGGGGCCGGGGGGGGCGGGCUGCUGCCGCCCGGCCCUGCGGCUGCCGAGCAAGUAAGUUAACGAGCGAAGAAAGUGAAUCCUUUUCUCCUCCUUCUUCUUUUUUUUUUUUUUUUUUUAUAUAUACAUCUAUCUAUAUAUACACCGAGAGCUGAACAAAGCAAAAAAGCAUUUUGCAAAAGGGCAAAUGACACGAACUGAACAAACCUAUUUUUAUAGAGAGACCUUGGAAGAAGGGGAUUUUUGUUUCGGGGUUUUUUUGUUGUUGUUCUUUGGAGACAAGUUAUGAUAUGCACCAGCAGCAGCCAUUCCAUCUGUGUUCCAAAAAAAAAAAAAAAAAAAAAAGCGAGCAUUAGAAAAGACACCACCAGAAAGCAACAAACAAUCCGGGGAGUGCGAGUCCUGCCUGUCCAGCUCCUCCAAACCUUCAGACACACAGAAAAAAAGUUACAAACUAGUUUUGUCUUUCAAUCCAGUUAAAAUAAAAACACAGAACAUACUAAACCUAUAAGCUUUUUUUUUAAAAAAAAAAAAAAAAAAGAAAAAUCCAACAUCCUGCCGAGAAUAUGCCUUGAUAACAACCUUCUUUUUUUAUAUAUCUAUAUAUUAUUAUUAUAACAAAUGCUAAAACCUUCAUUCCAAAGUUUAAUAUUGGUUCCAUUGCCACCACUUAGUGGAUGUUUGGCUUAGAACAAUUUUUUUUGUCGUUGCUUUAUUUGGAAGCACUCAACUGAGUUUAGUUUGUAAUUGUUGGAGAAUAACUGCUGAUUUUUUUUUUAAUUUUUUUUAGCUGUUUGAGUUGAUUGCAUGAAUGAGUCACUGCACACAACUCAAUAUGAAACUAUUUAACUUAUUUAUUAUCUUGUGAAAAGUAUACAUUGGUAAUUUGUUCAUACUGUAUUUAUCGGGUAUGAUGAAAAGCAAUAGAUAUAUAUUCUUUUAUUAUGUUUAAAUUAUGAUUGCCAUUAUUAAUCGGCGAAAUGUGGAGUGUGUUCUUUUCACAGUAAUAUAUGCCUUUUUGUAACUUCACUUGGUUAUUUUAUUGUAAAUGAGUAAAAUUCUUAAUUUAAGAGAUUGUAUGUAAUAUUUAUUUCAUUAAUUUCUUUCCUUGUUUACGUAAAUCUGAAAGAUUGCAUGGUUUCUUUAUAGAAAUCGGUCUCGAUGCUGUGGAAGUAGUUUGAGGAAUUUCUAUGGGUUUUUUUAGAAUGUAAAUGGUUGUAGCCCGUCCGAGUUGAAAAACAAACGAGAAAAAAACAAAAACCAACAAAAAAAAAACCAGACUGACAUAGCAAUCAGACUUCAAAGUGGCAAAUCUAAUUCAGACUCGCUUAAAGUAACCAAAAAGUAUUUUUUGUUGCCUAACUCCACCAAUCACACUGUGAUAUAGUCUCAAAGUAUGUAGCAAUAAUUGGGGGUCCCAGUAUUAUGUCUCACAGUGCCUUCUUGAGGGUCCAUGCUUGCCUUAAAUAUCUCUCAACCAAAUAAGUAUUUUUCUUAAUGCUUGAGAUAAUUUGAAUGUAGGGAUGGGUUUUAACUACAGCAAAAUUUCGCCACUCUUUAUUUUACAAGAAUGGAGGCCAUUUUUGGAUCUGAAACUUUAUACAGUACAUGAACAUAUCUUGUUUAAUUGAAUUCCAAAAGUUGUAAUUUUUUUUUCCAUAUGUAGAAAGUCGGGAGUUUUCCAGAACUUUCCUGGACGGUGGAUGAAUGAGCAGUAGCUUAGUUUUGUUUGUACAUAGGUACAGAUUGAGCACUAUGUACUCUUUUGGACUACUUUAACAGAAGUAUGUUUUGAAUGUAACUAAAGGAUAAGUCAACUUGAGUUGUAAUAUAUUUUUCGGGAGUCAGUUCACUACAAAUUGUGUGAGACUGUAAACUUUGUACUGUAAAUGUUUUGUAGUUCUCCCAAUAAAAUUUUUUUGGAAAAAAAAAA